CAUUAACUAAACAUGGAUGAACAGAUUAACAACGAUUCCGAUGAUAACAAUGCAGCGACCUCACAAGAAAAUCAAUCGAGCCAAGAUUGUGAUAAUUCAUCAAUCAUUUCUAAAGAAUAUGUUACAAGAACAGUCGAUUUUACAUCUGUUGAACAGGAACAGGCAGCCCCAAUACUUUCGAAUAUUGCGCCUAAUAAAGAUGAAACUCCUAAUUGUAAAUCACCGAAAGCAAUGCCGUUGUUAAUAUUUAGUAGGCCAACAUCAUUUAUUUUGCAUAGCCCAACUUACCGUCCGAUUAAUUUAACUUCUCAGUCUCAAAUAUCAUUAUCUAAUCAACCACAAACCUUAUUUCUAAUGGCAUUAGCAAAAUUAAAUGAGAGUUCUAUAAGUUUAACACUGGCUAAUAACCUGCAUAUGAGUUUGCUAAACAAGCAGAAGGGAUGCUUGCCAGAACCAUCUCCUCCAGAUUCUUUAACUAGUGCACCACCUUCGUAUUCAUUUGUAUUACGUCAAAUGACGGCAAGACGGAGACCAAGGCUAAUGGGAACUUUUAUACCUUCACCAUCCUUCGUACAACAUAGUCCUCCACCCAAUUAUGCUGCUGCGUUUGAUAUAUACGUCGAUAAUGCUAUCCCUCCACCUACUACAAGGGUGUAUAACUUCGGCUUCACCCCUAUACCGGUUAUUUGCACUGAAUGUGGGUACACAGGCAUGACAAUGGUGAGGACUAGAAUAACUGUGUGUACACAUUUAUGUGCCUUCGCGUUGUGUCUUUUUUGUUGUUGGUUGUGUGCCCCACUUCCAUAUGUAUUACGUUCUUGCAAGGAUGUGUAUCAUUAUUGCAGAAAUUGUCGCAACUAUUUGGGAAUGUAUUGUCCUACUAACCCAGAAAAUAAUUAUACGCGAUAAAUUUAUCCGCCUUAAAUUUAA